CGUCUGGCUUGUGUCACUGCGCUCCUGCUGCGCACUGCUCCCUCCUCAAGCCGUUGCCCUCGCCGUCCCGAGCCGUCGCCGCCGUCGCCAACAUGCUCGUUCCGUCCUUGGUCGUCGCGCUCGUCGCGGCCGCAUCCUCGGUCGAUGCCUUCUGGCGCAUGCCCUGCAACAACGUCCUCGUAACCGAGCGCGCCGACCCCAUCGUCUCUCCUGGUCAAGUCGCUGGCCAUGUCCACACGGUCGUCGGCGGCAGCAACUUUGGCCUGUCGAGCUCUUUCCAGGACCUCCGGGCCAGCGAGUGCACCUCCUGCCUCGUUAAACAAGACUCGUCGGCGUACUGGGUGCCAUCCCAAUUUUUCGAGUGGAAGAACGGGUCCUUCAGCAGCGUCUCGAGCGGCCUCCUCAUCUACUACCUGCCUCGGUUCAACGCCGCCGACAAGACCAACGUCACCGCCUUCCCGGACGGCCUGCGCAUGCUCGCCGGCAACCCGUUCAAGCGCAGCUACGACGGCUCGGAGGCGGCGCAGGCGAUCGGCUGGAACUGCCUCGGCGCCAACGUGGCUCAAACGCGUAUCCCGACCUUGCCGACCUACAACUGCCCGAACGGCCUGCGCGGCGAGGUUCGGCUCCCGUCGUGCUGGAACGGCGUCGACUUGGACUCGGCCGACCACUCAAGCCACGUCGCGUACCCUAUCGGCGGCGAGUCGGGACCUUGCCCGACGACGCACCCUGUCCGCCUCGUCACGCUCUUCUACGAGAUCAUGCACGACGUCAACUCGUGGAACAAGUACCGCUCGCAGGCCAAGAACCCGGAGCAGCCGUUCGUCCUCGCCAUGGGCGACUCGACUGGCCUCGGCAUGCAUGGCGACUUCUUCAAUGGCUGGGACCGUCAAGUGCUGCAGGAGGCUAUCGACACGUGCACCUCGGACAGCGGCGUCAUCGAGUACUGCAAGGUGUUCGACCUGUACGACUCGAGCCACACGUGCCGCAAGACGCCCGAUGUCAACGAGGUCGUCCUCGGCACCCUGCCCAAGCUGCCCGGCUGCAACCCGGUGACGGGCGCGGGCCCGAACGCGACGCCGUGCACGGACCCGAACCCGCCCGCCAUCUUCUCGAACCCGGUCGCCUACACCGGUUCUGCUCCUCCUGUCGGCGCCCAAGUCCCGAGCAGCGCCCCGACGGUCGUCACCUCGUACACGUCGGCCAAGGGCUCGAUCUUUACGUACCAGGACUGCUACUCGGACCUCGUCAACGGUCGGGCGCUCCCGAACGGC